AUGUCGGCUGAAUUCGACGACGUCCUCACCAACCAGCCCGUCGUCAUCGACAAUGUAGGUCCCCUUCCUUCUCCUGGCACCCAGCCCACCUCACCGUCGUCGACAACAGGGAUCUGGAACCAUAAAGGCGGGUUUUGCAGGUCAAGAUCAUCCCAAAUGCUUCUUCCCCUCUUUCAUGAGCGCGUCAUGGCCGGCGCGUUGGAAGGCGAUGUCUUCAUCGGUCGCAAAGCCCAAGAGUUCCGUGGCCUCCUAAAGAUCAAGUAUCCUAUGGAACAUGGUAUUGUUACCAAUUGGGACGACAUGGAACGGAUAUGGAACUGGGUCUAUGCAGAAGAGCUUGGGACUCUGAGCGAAGAGCAUCCAGUACUGCUUACAGAGGCCCCGCUGAACCCUCGAACGAACCGCGACGUUGCUGCACAAAUCUUCUUUGAUACCUUUAACGUCCCAGCACUGUUCAUAUCAGUCCAAGCUGUAUUGUCACUAUAUUCAUCAGGUCGAACAACUGGAAUCGUGCUGGACUCUGGUGACGGUGUUACACAUGCCGUCCCUGUGUUCGAGGGUUUCUCUAUGUCGCACGCAAUACGGAGGGUGGACGUAGCAGGCAGCUCAGAGCACGGUCCUUUCUCCAGAGACGUGACUGAUCACCUCCAAUUAUUGCUACGGAAAGCUGGCCACCAUCUACAUACCAGUGCAGAACGCGAAGUCGUUCGAACGAUCAAAGAGAAAUGUUGUUAUGUUGCUCUGAACCCCAUCAAGGAGGAGAAGGACUCUUUGGGACGAACAGAAGAAUUCAGGCUGCCGGAUGGAAACAUCGUCCAGCUUGGUGCAGAGCGCUUCCGCGCCCCAGAGAUUCUCUUCGAUCCAGAGCUUAUUGGGCAGGAAUAUGCGGGCGUCCAUCAAGUAGUCGUGGACUCUAUCAACAGAGUCGACCUUGACUUGAGGAAGAGCCUUUUCUCCAAUAUUGUUUUGAGUGGCGGAAGCACGCUGUGCAGGGGUUUCGGUGACCGUCUUCUCAACGAGGUCAAGAAGCUGGCCUUGAAAGAUAUCAAGAUCAAGAUUUACGCACCACCUGAGAGGAAAUACUCGACAUGGAUCGGAGGCUCGAUUCUGGCAGGAUUGAGUACUUUUAAGAAGAUGUGGGUUUCUGCGGAGGAAUACCAAGAAGAUCCCGACAUCAUUCACAAAAAGUUUGGCUUUUGA